UGCAAAAUUCGAUUAAUUUAAUAGACAAAUUAACAAUCAUAAAUGGUAAUUAUAUAGAUAGUGGACCUCUUCUUUGCUACGUUUUGAACAAGACACGACUGAACAGCUGAACUGAACGAGAAAAACAGCUGAACUGAACUAUCGUAGAAAGGCUCCAGCGCGAGCUGUUCCUGGUCGCUAUUCCUGGCUGUUCAUCACUGUUCUUCUAUGUUUUUUCGUAUUCCUUAGGCCUUUGGAAGAAAAAAAUUAAGACGGUGUUUCCUCUCCUGUACUCUAAACUCCAUAACCUUAUGUUCUUAGAAAGAUCGAGAAUAACAUUUUUUAAAACAAAUUCAAUUAAUUAAUAAUAUAAUUUAAUUAAUUUUAAGUUCAAAAAAUGACAAAAUUUUCAAAAUUCCAGAAAUUAUCUGCCGUAAUUGUUGGCGUAGUAAUUAGUGGUAUAAUAUACCAUACUAGUUCGACAAAUUCACUUUUUGGUAUAUAUUUAGGAAAGUCCUUGAGUAAUAGCCUACCUUUAUCAAAGUGGAAUCACAAUUGGGAUAGGAAAAAUAAUCAUGAUCAUCAACAUAAUAAUUUUUACUGUAAACAUUAAAGUAACUGUAGCAGUUAUUGGAUAUGACUGUGGAUCUGCAACACCAAAUAUUACGACAUUUUCGUUACUCGACUCUGGAGAAUGUGAUUUCCACACCUCGCAAGUAAACUCGUCAAGCGUCGCCAUAGAACUCGUGCAAAUAGCAGACUUCAGGACAGUACCAAUUAUUCAAUGUAAAAUCGAAAUUCAUCGAAAAUCUUCGACUGCGGGAUAUUUGGACACCUUAUACCAACGGCAAAUGCAGAACAACAAUACAUCGAAGGGAUAAGUCAUGAACAAUGUAAAGCUAUUCAUGAAACGGGUAUUUUUAAAUAUGAAAACAUUCAUACUAUAUCAAAUUUAAAAAUAAAUGCAACAACGACGAAAGGCAUAGAUUUCGCAGGUAGUGCGGAGGGCAAGUCUUGUUCAGGCACUUCCUACGCUGAUAGUUUUUGUUCUUGGAAUAAAUUAUUUGUUCAUGGCUUAAUCAAAAUCACAUUAAUAGAAAAUACAGCUAGAGUAAACUUAAAUAAUGACUAGUUACUGCUAAGUUCAUGAGUAGUAUGUAAAUUUUCGGAUAAAAAUUGUAUGGAUAUGGAAGACGGUCAUACGUUUUGGGACGUUUUGCCCACGGGAGAAUGCUUUAAAAAUGCGUACGACAUUCUAUUUAAGGGUAUUGCGACUAAAUAUACUAGUAAUGAAAAUAAAGAAAUUGUUUAUGCGGUUAGAUCUAACGAUAUCACAUUCGCGUUAUCUACUAGGAAUAAAAUAAUGCAUUGUAAUCGAGAGUUCAUAAGAACAGAACACCCAAAACUAUUGAUUGCAGUGAAAGAUAGUAAACUAAAUAUGUAUUUUUACGAAACUGAUAGAGUGAAUAAUGAUCAUUCUGUGAAUUUAGAUUUAUUUACUUACGUAAAUUCUACGUUUGUAUACAUUGAGAAACAUUUAAGAAAGCAGAUCAAUAAUUUAUACGUAAAUAUAAUCACAGAAAAAUGCGAAUUGGAAAAGAAGGUUAUCCAGAAUUCCCUAUCCAUAGCCACGUUAGCACCAGAUGAAUUUGCCUAUAACAUCAUGAAACAUCCCGGAUAUAUUGCAAGAGUUGCUGGAGAAGUAGUACACCUCAUAAAAUGUAUUCCAAAAACAGUCAAGAUCUUACACCUAAAUGAAUGUUAUAAUCAUUUGCCAGUAUUAACAGGCAAUGAAACUUGGUUUUUAACACCAAAAACUUAUAUUUUAAUAAAACGAGGUAUUAAAGAAUUGCAAUCAGAUUGCAAUUCUAUAAUACCUACGUAUUAUAAAAUAGCUGAAAAAUGGAUAAAAUUUGGAUCAAAACCUAUUAAAACAGAAGCACCGAAUGUGUUAAAACCAAAUACGAAAAUCGGCUGGACUUUUGAAUCAAUAGAAGGACUAGCUACAAGCAGAGUGUAUUCACAAAACGACUUGGAUAAAUUACAACAACAACUGAUGCUCCUAAUAGAAAAAGCAUCACUUUUAAACGUAAUAGCAAGAGAAAUGGCAGGAGAACACACGUCAGGAGAAAUUUUUACAGAAAAUACACUAAAACACAUUGCCGAUAGCACCUGGCACUUAAUAAUUGAAAAACUAACAACAUGGGGUUCAUUCUCAUCAGCAUUUAUAAUGAUAUUAAUAAUUUUGCACAUUGGAAAAUUAAUAAUUGAUACAAUUAUUAGAGGCUAUACUCUCCACACGAUUUACGGAUGGUCAAUAUAUCUGAUUGGAGCAUUAUUCAGCUCUAUCACGCAUCUGCUAACGUCACUACAGAAUAACCCAGUUAAAAAUGAAUGCAAGAACUACCAGAAGAGAAACGCAGUGUACGAGGAGACAGAACUACAGGAAGUCGAAGUCAUUCCAGUAAUUUCUAGACCUAUACAACCACCUCCUAUUCCACACAGACCACCAAGCGUCACGCCAACUAAACCUACUAUUCCAGACGCGAAAAAUAAAGGAAUUUUUUCUUUGAAUUUAGAUUAAAUAUAAAAAUUUCUUUAAUGCUUCUAAAUGAUAAGCAAUAAUAAAAAAAAUUCUUUUUUGUAACUUGAUAGUUGUAAAUUUGAAUGUGUAAAGUUUAUUCUUUAAAACACUAAUCCUCAGAGAAAAUAUAUUUUUUUUGUAUUCAAACUCCUUUUAAUUGACAAAAAAUGUAUUAUUUGAUAGCUGAACGAAAUGCGACAGAAUUAGAAUAUUCAGAAUCAAUUUAAAAGAUAUAUAUAUAUAUAUAUAUAUAUAUAUAUAUAUAUAUGUGUGUGUGUGUGUGUGUGUGUAUAUAUGAAAAUGAAAUGAAAAUUUGACUUUAAGGAAAUCCAAAUUGCAAGUUACAGGAAACUUGUUAGGAUAGGAUAAGGAAUAAAGGAAAAAUAAAAUAACAAAGUGAA